AUGGCGGCGGCGGGCGGGUGGCGCGCGGCGGGCGGGCGGCGGCGGCGGCGGGGCCGGGCGGGCGGGGAGGCGGCGGCGGAGGCCGAGGCCGAGGCCGGCGCGGUGCUGCGGCGGCUGCGGGAGGCGCGGGACGAUCUGCUGAGCUCCGGCUUCUGGGCGGCGAGCGCCGGAGCCGUGCGGGCCCCGCUGGGCGGCAGCGCGGAGCCGCCCGCCCGCUGCGUCUGCUACGGCCUGGGGCGGUUCGGCGGCUGCCCGGCCGCCCGGCACCAGCUGGCCUUCCUGCUGCUGCUGCUGGAGGAGCUGGGGGUGCCGCCCGGCCGGUGCUCCCUCUUCGACCCCGCCUUCUCCGCCCAGGAGGCGGCCGCGCUGGAGCAGCUGGGGCUGCGGCUCCUCCCGGAGAACGAGGAAGGGAAACACGGCGUUGAGGGACCGGCCACGCUGUUCUACAUGGUGCACUGCGGGAAAGCCCUCUACAACAACCUCCUCUGGAGGAACUGGUCCGCGGGGGCCCUGUCCAAAAUGGUCAUCAUCGGGAACAGCUUUAGGGGGAUGGAGGAAAGAUUGCUGUCAAGAAUACUGGAGAGAGAUUAUUCUUACAUAGCAAAGGUCUUGAAAGGGACAGAGGAAGCGGCACUCCCUGCUCACCCUCGGUACCUGGACACCUUUAACGACACCUCCGUACACUGGUUUCCCUUGCAAAAACUGAAGGAACUCUCCCCUGAGGUCUGGGACUUUGUGGAGGAGCCGACGUACCAAGACUGUGACGACUUGGAAAUCAUCAGAAAGGAGGACAGAGCUGCCGUGGAGCCCUGACCGCUCUCUGGGGCAGGGGGGCUCGGGGCUCCGUCCCUUCCCACGGCAGCUUCUGUGCAGCCGAGAUGAAGCUCAAGCACCAACAGUGUCGUCGUGCUCUGCCAAAAACAGCAGCACCCGAACACUGAAGGUGAUGGAAUGUUUUUGUAUCUUAAUUAUUUAAUAAAAGCUAGAGCUGUG